CAGAUUUUUCACAACACAAAGUCUAGUGCACGCACUAUUGCGUUGAGCUGUGUAUUCGCUUCGUAAAUUAGCUUCAACAGCUUUCUCUAAACUGAAAAAUCCAUCUAAGCAAGUUGGUCCAACAUGGAUUCAUUAUCUAUUACCCAGUUCAAAGAAGUUCCUCUCCUCAAGCAGAGUAUUGAGCUGAAAAGAAAAACCAUCGAUGUGACGUGUGGAGGAUAUCCGACUUUGUUGAUUGAUUCGAAAACAUCCGAGCACUCGGGUGGUUUCAUUCUUCAAGGGUCCAAUGUAGAACGCCAACAUGGCGCACGGUUUAUAUACUGGCGUACGUUGAGAGAAACCAUUUACUUAUCCGAGACAUGUCUGCAUCGAAAUGACCUUUGGCAUGAAGUGAAAAUAAUUUUCAAAGGCAGUCCAAUUCUAUCGGUGGACAUCGACAAAGAUGUGAACCUCUUCAUGCUUAUCGUUACAACAACUACCUUUCAUCGGAUUCCCAUUAAACGUCCAUCGAGCAACGAUAGCAUUCUACUAACUGAACAGGAUUCAGUGCUGUUUACGCUCAACGAACAUGUCAUAACGGAUCCGAUGAAUUGCUAUAAUUUCAUCAAUAAUAUUGGUCAAUCGGUCCCUACGAUGGCCACGGCUGUACACUGCGCCGGUAAAAACAGCAGCUCGUUUGCCAUUGCUACGGCCAAUUCACUGCAUCUCGGAACGAUGAGUUCGGGAGGUGACAAGCCGGAAGUUAAGUUUGUGAAGCUGGAGUGCCAAACGCCAUCGGUAGCCAACUUCAUCGAACAAAUUGGUUCCGUGUGGAGUACGAACCGUACCAACCAGUCGCAGGUUGUUACGAUGUGCUGCAUUACAGCGCCCAACCGGGAGGAUCAGCCACUUCUUUUCACCGUCCAUCGUGACGGCGCACUACGCGUUUGGCUGCAUUCUGGGCAGCUUCUAACCACCGAAUAUCUGAGCAAGUACACCAGCGGUAGUAGGAAAGAUUUUCAUAGUUGCGUUUCUCGCGGAUCUAAUGCAUUGGUCGGACUGUACGUGUCCUUUAAAACAUUUUCCGAAUUUGUCAUCCUUCGGCCGACGGUGACGUCCGGUACUGAAUCGCUAACACUGCAGAAUGUGUACACUGUUCUUGCGCCGACAUUUGAUCUGAUCGAUUUCCAAUUGUGCGAGUACAACCUCUGGACGCUGUGGUGCAACGCCAAGAAUGAAAUGCAAACACUCGUCUGCGAGCUGCCCGUUCAAGGCAAAAUGGGGAAAAUGAAUUGGCAACCGGUGGCCACGGCAAGCGCUGUGGAUGAUGAUCUGCUGGAGCAGGCAGAUGGUAUCGAUUUGUCCGAGUUUUACUGCAAACGCAUUUUCAACUCGGGACUUUUCCCCCCCGUUGCAAUUAAAAAGACCCUUAUGAUGCUUAAACAGGAUAUAAGCGGUCGUGAGGGAAGCCCUGUCAUUGGCAGCAUGUUGCGAUUGAAGCGGGACGUUAUCGCCUGCAUCAAGAGGCAGCUGCGGAAGGAACAGGUCGCUAUGGAGCGGAAUGGACCUUGCGAUGAGGAAAAGCUGCUGGAAACAUCGAAUCAGCUGUGGGAAAAGUUUUAUCGCUACUGCGUUCAGUACAGUGAAGAGUCUUCUCGUCCCAUUGGUUUGUUUCUCUGCGAGGAAAUGGGCGGUGAGGCAACCAGUUUUGCCGUUGGCCUGGUUCGCAAACAUGUUGUCAGCUUUAUUCGCUCGUGCGAUCAUCUGGAGGCAGCAUUUUAUAGCACAGAACCUCAAGCAGUAGCCGAAACAUACGACGGGACAAAUUUGCUUAUCAGUUCGCUGAAAACACUGGAGCAAACUCUGAGCCAGGAUGAAAAGCUGGAGCUUGGCAACUUUCUCCAGCAGCAGCAGCUCCUCGCAGCUGUUCCAAAGUUGCAGGAUGACCUAGAUGCUGACAUGCAAUCACAGGAAAUGAUGUCUCAAUCUGAACCUGAACCUGAUGCUGAAGCGGAUGAUGAAGACAAUGUUCAAACGGAUGAUCUGUCGCAACUCGGUGCCGCACAACAUCAUUUUAUUGCAUUUGAUACAAUUCGCAAGUUUGGGGCAAAGAAGCUGGAUUUAUUGGAAGCCAUUUAUAGUUUGCUUGACUUGCUAACGCCCACUUCUAAACCUAACUCGGAACUUUUGAAGCAAGCUUGGGAGGAGAAUUAUGCUGGUGGGUUGUCUAUUUUCACCGGUCCGCACCUUUACAGCGAAUUAGCCCUGGAGACAACGAAACAGACUAUCGAAUUACGUUACACAAUGCUGCGCAAUCUGUUUGUGCUGCAGCAUCUUAUUAGAACGAUGCAAUGCGACUAUCGGAACGAAAUGGUUAACGUGAUGUUGGCCAGACUCGAGCCACGUAUCCAAACGUUGCUGCGUUCCUAUCAAGCGAUGAGCUGGAUUGCUAACACGCGUCUGGAGUUGGAUUGGUCCCGCGGAAGAAACGAAAUAGUCUCCACCUAUCCACCCAGCCAACGAAACACUCCACUCACUUUACUGCAGGCGUACGCCAGGUGUCGCCUAUACUACAAACAAUCUCGGGAACCUUGGCAUCCAGGAAGUACAUUGGAUGAGCCAUUGGAUGAAAUUCCCAACUGUUCGAUGCUUUCGUUAACGCAAAAAGCAAACGUCAUCAUCACGCACUUGUCCCCAAUGCAUGACGAUUUUCGUUUCGGCGAGUGGCUUUCAGAAAGCGCACUUACGAUCCAUAUCGAUAACUACGUUGAGCUGGUGGGUGACUGGUGUCCAACGAACAGAUUUUCUAGAAGCUUCAUCCAAGCCAAAGCCUUUCUCCUCGAUGGCGAUACGUUCAAAGCUCUUGAUCUCUUCCUGAAAUCACACGAGGGAGUCCAUAAGGAACGAUUCUUGCUGAAGUUUAUCUGUCAUUAUGCAAACGGAGAGAAGCGCAUGGUGUCGCCGUAUGAAAUCGCGUCCACGUACUUUUUACAGGUCAUUCGUCUUUUUGAGCUGUACGGCGCACACGAUGUUGUUCCGGUGCUGGUGAAAAUCGCCCUGAAACAUACGUUACAACCGGAGCGGCAGGCAAUGUUACAGAACAUUGAAUUCUGCAGCUACAUGACGUUGGGUCGCUAUAAGGAGGCCUACAAGUCGCUAUGGGAAAACGUCGAUCCGGCACGCAGGAAGGAUUGCUUGCGUCAGUUGAUCAACUUGCUACUUUCGAAUGGGGACCUGGGUCGGCUAAUGAUGCUUCCGUCUCGCGGUCACCUGAAGGACUUCACUGACAUCAUUGCCAUGAAUGCACGUACCUCAGAUAUGGAGGACGGCCUGCGGUACGAUUUCUUGUACGCAUUCUUCGUCGGAAAACAUUUCAUGCGCGAUGCUGCUGAUAUUGCGUUUGAAGGUGCGAUGCGUUACAUUAGCGAAAACACUUCACGUGAACACCUACAACUACACUUCCGGAUGCUGCUGAAAUGUAUCUCUUGUCUUGCCACUUUACCCACGUGGCGAGCGUGGGUAGCUCGCCCUAUGAACGAUAACAGCAACAAUGACGCGCAGCAGAGCCUUUCCGCUGAACCAGCGGUGCUCAACGUAGAAAAACUUCAGGAGCGGUUAACGAUCGUACAAGCUAUCCUUUGCCUUGCAAAGAACGCCGACGACUCCAAGCUGCUCGCGUCGAUGAAGCCGAAAGAAUUGGUAACGCUUCUUUUGCACCGAAAGAAGUAUAAUCAAGCGUUGCAACUAGCGCACUCCAGUGUGCCUGCGAUGGUGGCCACGGUAUACGGUCAUCUGGCAAAAGCGUGUGUGUCAGCUUCAUCUACCAGCGCAGACAACACCGACAACAGCUGGCUGCAUGAGAAUUGUUUGGCGGACAUUCCGGUCGGCAAGGACGGCGCGUCCACGGCGUGGAACUAUUUACAGCACAUUAUUGGGAACGAGCCGGAAGAUUUGGCUGUCGAUGCGCAUCUCGCAGUUCUCAACAAUGUUGUAUCAUCCGGCGCAAGUGUUCCUCUGUGGCUUCGAACUUGGUGCUUCGAGCAUAGUCCGGUGCAAUUGGUUCGAACCUACUGGAGCCACGGUUUCCUAGAGGACGCCUGCGAUUGUAUGGAGGAAUUGUUCAAGAAACGGUACUUCACGCCCGGCCAUUGCCAUCAUGUUGCCUUCCCAUUGACGCUGUACGAGCGCCUGUAUUAUGAUUUGGAAAAUUCGCCAAACCGUUCACAGGCGACUGUAGACAAAUAUCUACGGCUGGUAAAAGAUUAUAUGUAAACCGUACUUGGCUUUCCGUCACUUUUUUUCUUUUGUAUCACAUUUCCAGUGCUUACUGAUAACAAACAAUAAUAUUUCAUUCAUUCAUACAGAAAUGGAAGAACUGUUUUUUAAUAAUAAAAAUGCAUGUAAAUGGUAGA